AUGGCGACGGCACCGAUCGGCACCGCCAGGGUGGCGUCCGCUCGAACCGGCGGCGCGAUGGUGUCGCGAACACGCCGGUCGCGGGCACGCCGGUCGUUUCGCGUCCGCGCCGCAUCCAAGGAGGACAACGGCAAGCCCGAGGCGGGCACGCCGAGCAUAGACUCCAAGUCCCUGUGGCGACUCAGGCUGGAGCUCUUCUCCGGCAAGGAUGCCGACGCCACGACGCCGGAUAGGACCAUCACCGUCAGGGCCAGGUUCGUCGUCGACGAGGGAUAUGAACCGCCGCAGGGGUCUAUCGAGAUUGAGGAUGAUCAAGAACUGGCGUUCGUGCAGGCUGGUUUCCACAGGUGGACCCUGGCCGAGGAUCCGAACGAGCGCAAGGCUGGGCUGUGGAUCUGGGGCCUGUUCGAGGAGCCCCUGUAUCCGUACAUGCUCCUCUCCUUCGACUGCAACAGGAUCGAGGUGGCCGAGGGUGGGUAUCACAUACCAAAGGGGAAACUGUUCGCAGAGGUGAAACACGCCAGGGGCAGCAAGAGCGGCCACGUGCUGAGCGACGGUAAGCUGAGCUUCAAGGUCACCAAGACGUACAAGGCGGACCUGGUGGGACUGUCUGAGGCGACGAUCGGGGAACCGACGAUGUGCGGGAGGUUGCAGGCGGACUGCAUCGAGGUGGCCUGA